UGCUUCGCUUAUCCUGACUCCAGAACACAUGUCAGGAAAAAGUCCCCCACGGUGUUUAUAAACAACGUAUUUCCCCUCCCCAUGGAUCCUCCAGAACCCCAUCAGUGCCUCCAGACUCUCCUUUCUCUCCAGAUAUCCUUUGUCAAUCUCUCUUUCACAGUUGUAGCAGAUCUUCAAGAUGGGCAGCGUUCCAGAAGUCUUCAUUGGGUCCAUUGACCAGGGCACCACCAGCUCGCGAUUCUUGAUCUUCAACAAGUCAGGCGAACCUGUUGCCUCGCAUCAGCUUGAAUUCAAGCAGAUCUACCCUCAACCAGGAUGGCACGAGCACGAUCCUGAGGAGAUCGUCUCCUCAGUCGAGAAAUGCAUUGACGGAGCGGUCAAGCAAUUCGAGACUCAAGGCCACAACAUCAACACUAUCAAGGCAGUCGGUAUCACGAACCAACGUGAAACCACCGUCGUUUGGAACAAAGAGACUGGAGAGGCUCUGUACAAUGCGAUUGUCUGGACCGACACCCGUCACCAGGGUCUUGUCCGCAAACUCAAGCAACGCCUUGGAGCCGACAAGCUCACCGACAUCUGCGGUCUGCCUCUCUCAACCUACCCCUCAGUCGGCAAGCUUCUGUGGUUGAUCGAGAACGUCGACAAGGUCAAGGACGCAUACGAAAAGGGUCUCUUGGCAUUCGGCACGGUCGACACAUGGUUGGUCUACAAGCUGAACGGCGGCACCAAGCGAAAUGUCUUCGUCUCCGACCCUUCCAACGCCUCUCGAACCAUGUUCAUGAACAUCUCGACCCUCAAGUACGACGAGUCGUUGAUCGACUUCUUCAGAAUCGACCGCACGAAAAUCGCCUUCCCCAAGAUCGUCCACUCAUCCGAUGCCUCCGCCUAUGGCUCUCUCGCCUCCACUGUCCUCAAAGGUGUCCCGAUCACCGGGUGCUUGGGCGAUCAAUCCGCCGCGCUGGUCGGCCAGAAGGGCUUCACUCCAGGUCUGGGCAAGAACACCUACGGCACAGGUAGUUUCAUCCUGUACAACGUCGGCGAGAAACCCGUCAUUUCCACUCACGGCCUAUUGACCACCGUCGCCUUCGAUUUCGGCGGCAACAGCAAGCCCAUGUACGCAUUGGAAGGCAGUAUCGCGGUCGCCGGAUCCAGCGUCAAGUUCUUGGUCGAGAACUUUGGCUUCAUCGAGUCAUCAAGCAAGAUCUCUCAGCUCGCAGAGACGGUCGAGGACAACGGCGGUGUCACCUUCGUGACUGCUUUCAGCGGCUUGUUCGCCCCAUACUGGAUCGAUGACGCGCGCGGCACUAUCUUCGGUGUCACCGCGUACACUCAGCGUGGACAUAUUGCCCGUGCGACCCUCGAGGCUACUUGCUUCCAGACCAAGGCUAUCCUUGUCGCUAUGGAGAAGGACAGCGGCCACAAGUUGACCGAACUAGCUGUUGACGGUGGCAUGUGUAACUCCGACCUCACUAUGCAGACGCAGUCCGAUCUCAUCAGCAUUCCAGUCAAGAGACCUGCUAUGCGUGAGACGACGGCGCUGGGCGCUGCCAUUGCUGCUGGUCUGGCCGUUGGCGUGUGGGAGAGCAUUGACGAGCUCAAGGUGGUGAACACUGAGGGCGUUACCACAUUCAAGCCUGCUAUCACGAAGGAGGAGAGCGCUACACGGUUCGCCCGCUGGGAGAAGGCUGUGGAGAUGAGCAAGGGCUGGGCUCAGUGAGCAAUGACUCGAUGCUUGGGAUACUUUGUUUAGCGUUUGGCGUUCAUCGAGGGGCUCUUAAAACAUGAUGGUGCUGUUUACUAGGCUGGAUAGCAGGGUGACUCCUCCAAUUUGACUCCUAUCAAAGUUUAUGUCUUCUCCUUGCUAAGUAAGAGUUUCUAAAUGCUCGUAUAGCUUUCUGGAG